GUAUACCUCGCGGCUGACGUUAUGUUGCCUUUGUUGCAGCGCAUGCACGAAGCUGGUGUCGUCCACCGUGAUGUCAAACCCAGCAAUUGCGUGCGGUCGACAGGCGAACGGGACUUUUGCAUUGUUGAUUUUGGAUUGAGCAAAAGCGCGGGUUUUUACCGGCUCGAACGCGAAAAGGCAGAAUUUCGCGGUACCAGCAUGUACGCUAGUCUGCGCGUACACCAGGGCAAGGACUACGCACCGAGGGAUGACGUAUGGAGUCUACUUUACGUCUUUUGUGAUUUGGUCAGCGGGGGAUUACCCUGG